UGCCAAACUGCAGUGUGGUGACAUUCCCCUUUGAAAUCCCUCCUCGACAGCACCACGCAAUGGAUCUCGAUUUGUAUGAUGAGUUCGGAAACUAUAUCGGGCCCGAUCUCGAUGAAGAUGAGGAAGAUGAAGAAGACACUUACGCUCUGCCUCAAGCCCAGCGGAUGGAUGUGGAUGACGAAGAUGAGUCUGGCGAGCGGGAAAAGGACACGACAGGGAUGGCGCUGAUGCAAGUAGAUGAGGCCGUAAAUCAAGUUGUUUUGCAUGAGGACAAAAAGUAUUAUCCUACGGCGGAAGAGGUGUAUGGCCCUGAUGUGGAAACCUUGGUGCAAGAAGAGGACACACAGCUGCUCAGCGAGCCGAUCAUUGCUCCUGUUAAGCAAAGAAAAACAUACAUUCAGGAAAAGGAUCUACCAGUUACAAGAUACAGUAAAGAGUUCAUGGCGGAUCUGAUGGGCUUUCCCGACUUGAUUAGAAACAUAGCGAUUGUGGGACAUUUGCAUCACGGAAAAACCUCGUUUGUAGACGUUCUUGUUGCACAAACGCAUGACAUGACUUGGGAUUUGGAAAGGAAGGAGCGGUACACGGACGUCCAUGAGUUGGAGCGAGGAAGGGGUGUAAGCAUCAAGAGCAUGCCCAUGUCUUUGGUGAUGCAGGAUUUGAAGGGCAAGUCUCACCUCCUGAAUAUUUACGAUACGCCUGGACAUGUAAAUUUCUCGGAUGAAGUAACUGCCGCCGUUCGGAUCUGCGAUGGCGCGGUUCUCGUGGUUGACGCGGUAGAAGGAGUAAUGGCGAACACUGAACGGCUGAUCAAGCACUUGGCGGCAGAGCGAAUACCGAUGACACUUGUGAUCAAUAAAGUUGACCGGUUGAUCUUAGAGCUCAAGCUUCCUCCCACGGAUGCAUAUUUCAAGUUGCGACACACUAUCGAGGAAGUUAACUCCAUACUAGCGACUUGUACAGACGGAGUACGUCUGUCGCCGGAGGCGGGGAACGUGUGCUUUGCGUCCAGUCAAAUGGGUUGGUGUUUCUCGUUGAAGUCGUUUGCACAAAUGUACUCUGAAAGCUACGAGAACUUCGACGUUGAGGAAUUCGCGAAACGUCUGUGGGGCGAUAUAUAUUUCAAUCCGGAGAAAGGAACAUUCCGAAGGCGACCGGUUGACAGUUCCAGUAGUCGUACCUUCGUGCAUUUCAUUUUGGAGCCACUUUUCAAGAUGUACGCGCAAGUAGUUGGUGAAGACGCAAAGACGUUGAAACAAACUCUUUCUUCCCUUGGGAUAUACUUGAAACCAUCUCAGCUAUCUAUGGAUGUCAAGCCUCUCCUGCGAUUAGUUUGCGAGCAAUUUUUUGGAACAGUUAACGGCUUUGUUGAUAUGAUCAUCCGAAAGAUUCCGUCACCAAAAGAAAAUGCAUGCAAUAAAGUGGAGCACAUCUACACAGGAGAAUUGGACAGCCCCUACGCAGCGGCGAUGAAAAACCUUGACCCCGAAGGGCCAUUAAUGAUUCACAUUGUGAAACUGUACAAUGCUACGGAUAUGACAGGAUUUGAUGCGUUUGGACGAGUAAUGAGUGGAACUGUGCAAUUGGGACAGAAGGUUAGAGUACUUGGAGAAGGCUACACGCCCGAUGAUGAGGAGGACAUGACAAUCAGGGAUGUGACAGGCCUGUCCGUGUACGAAAGCAGAUACAAAGUCAAAGUGAGCUCCGCCUCCGCAGGUAGUUGGGUGUUGCUUGAGGGAGUAGAUCCAGGUAUCAUCAAGACUGCAACUAUCACCAGCAAGGAGGUCAUCGAAGAUGAGCCCGUAUAUAUCUUUCGGCCACUCCGAUACAACACGCAGCCCGUGGUGAAGGUUGCAGUGGAACCGGUGAACCCCACUGAGUUGCCUAAGAUGUUGGAUGGCCUACGUAAAAUCAACAAGUCUUAUUCGAUUGUUCAGACAAAGGUGGAGGAGAGUGGAGAGCAUAUUAUUCUGGGUACCGGAGAACUCUAUUUGGAUUGCGUUCUCCAUGAUUUGCGGCGGCUGUAUUCCGAAAUUGAGUUGAAAGUGGCAGAUCCCGUGGUAAGAUUCUGCGAGACAGUUGUCGAGACAAGUACCCUCAAAUGCUUCGCUGAAACACCAAAUAAAAGAAAUAAAAUAACGAUGGUAUCGGAACCUCUUGAAAAGGGGAUAGCAGAAGAUAUUGAGAAUCUGCAGGUCUCCGCAAAGUGGCCAGUGAAACAGCUUGGGGAUUGGUUUCAAAAUAAGUACGACUGGGAUGUGCUGGCAUCCCGUAAUAUUUGGGCAUUUGGACCAGACGAUGCCGGACCAAAUGUUUUGGUGAACGAUACCCUACCAACUGAAACGGAUAAACAACUUCUUCAGAGCGUCCGGGAUUCGAUAAAGCAAGGUUUUCAAUGGGCGACCAGGGAGGGACCGCUAUGUGACGAACCGAUUAGAAACGUGAAGUUCAAGAUACUGGAUGCUACAAUCGCAAAGGAGCCAAUUUAUCGUGGCGGUGGUCAGAUCAUCCCAACUGCACGACGAGUAUGCUACUCGUCCUUCCUAAUGGCCACCCCUCGUCUUAUGGAGCCAGUAUACUAUGUCGAGGUGCAGGCGCCUGCUGACUGUGUCUCCGCAGUGUACACUGUCCUGGCCCGCCGACGUGGGCACGUAACUCAGGACAUAUCCAAACCUGGUUCUCCACUCUCCACUGUUAAAGCGUACAUCCCCGUCAUCGAUUCGGCGGGAUUCGAGACAGAUUUACGAACCCAUACGCAAGGACAAGCAUUUUGUCAACAAAUGUUUGAUCACUGGCAGAUUGUACCUGGAGAUCCAUUGGACAAGAGCAUCGUACUGCGACCGUUAGAACCAAGCCCAGCACAGCAUUUAGCGAGGGAUUUCAUGGUGAAAACCAGAAGAAGAAAAGGUCUCAGCGAGGACGUUGCUGUGACAAAAUUCUUUGAUGAUCCAAUGUUGGUAGAGUUGGCGAAGUUGGAAGGAGGUGUUAUUGGAUUCUAAGAUUUGUGUGCGAUUGAAUGAUAUACUUUACAAAGUUGCAACAGACGGAGUCGCUCUUCCAUAAUGAACAUUUUGCUGAGGUGAACAACCUCAAGAGCUAUCG